CACAUGUUUUACAAUCUGAAUAGAAAUAUUACGAAACGUUCGUAGUGUCAAUGGCUGCGAAGAAAAUGGAAAUUCUCAGAUUGUAUAAGCAACUAUUAAGAGAAUCAGCCAAGUUCCCGGUUUACAAUUUCAGGGAGUAUGCAAUUAGGCGAGUAAAAGAUGAUUUUCGCGAAAAUAAAAACUUAACAGACCCUGGAGCUGUAGAUAAGCAGAUAAAGGAAGGGUACAAGAACCUUGCAAUCAUCAAGAGACAAGUGGUCAUUGGACACAUGUUUGAACCCCAAAGAUUAGUCAUAGAAAAACAGUUAUCCUGAUUUCUAAUUAUUCCUGUAAACUAAAUAGGAAAUCGGUAGAAUUUUGUUACCAUUUAAAGUAAGUUAAUAAUAUUGAAUUUUGAAACGAAUAAAAAACUUGUUUCUUCUA